CCUACCGAGUCUUCCACAAAUGAAAAACCAACGAAUUUGCCAGUUCCCAAACCAAUAGACAGCACCGCUUCCUGGCCAUCAUCUGCAUCCAUCUUUCUAAGCCAUUCUUCAAACCGAUAGUUAUUGAACAUCCGUCGCGGAGAAGAAGCCAUGCCUGACGGUUGCAGCAUCAGAGCCAUUUGGAUCUUCAGCAACUUCGACGCUGUUAUUUUCUCCAGGAGGUUUCCAGUGGUAGAGAGGCGGUGGCGAACUGCAUGCAAGACCGAGAAUGAUAGAUGUACGUCAGACGACAUAACAUCUAGCGUGUCUCCAGUACUUCCUAAUGAUUCGGAGUUAGCUGCUGCAUUUGUUGAGAGAAAGAAAAGAGAGGGAUCUGCCCAUGGGUUUGGCAUUCGCGUUAUUCAGUCAUCUGAGGGAAGUGAUUCUUGGAUCGAUGACCCUAUUACACGACAUAUCAUUGGACUUCAUGUGAAGAAAGAAGAAGGGAGUAGCAUCUUUAUAUGGCCCCUAAUACUGAACAUAAAGAGUCAUUAUUCCAUUCUUGUGUUGCCUUUGGUUGAACCACAUCACAUAAAACAUUAUGCAAGUUUGUGCAGAAGAUCUGAUUGUGGUAGUGCUAUUGGAGCAGAAAGUUCCUUAUCUUCCCUACUGCUUGAUCUUCCUUCCAUUACAGGGGCAUUCGUGGUUGCUCUUGCUAUUGGUGAUGUAAUCACUGGUGAUGUGGUUGAACCUGAUGUCCUCGUCAGUUCAUCUCCAUCUGUUGGGGGUUUAUUGGAUUCAUUAACAGGCAGCAUAGGAAUAUCAGGAAUCUCUGCUAGGGCAAAACCUGUACCCUCUCCCAGCACAUCUGGCACUCCUUCUAGCAAUACCGUGGCAGGAGCUCUUAAUUCAGAUGUCCCUAGGCCUUUGGAUAAAGAUGCACUUAGAUCUUUCAUAAGCAGUUCAAUGCCAUUUGGAACACCCUUGGAUCUAAGCUAUACCAAUAUAUUUUCUAUCAAAGUAAAUGGUUUUUCUUCAUCAGAUCUGCCUCCUGCUGAUGUUAAACAACCAGCAUGGAAGCCAUAUCUGUAUAAAGGGAAGCAGAGAGUGAUACUUACGAUUCAUGAGAUCAUUAAUGCAGCUAUGUAUGACAGGGAUGAGAUUCCAGAUAAAAUAUCAGUUUCUGGUCAAGUAAAUUGUCGAGCUGAAUUAGAGGGGUUGCCUGAUGUUUCCUUCCCCUUAGCAGGGUCGAAUAAGGCUCGUAUUGAGGGCUUAUCAUUCCAUCCUUGUGCCCAAGUUCCUGAACACGGUGUAGAUAAGCAAGCUGUGAUGUUUUCUCCCCCUCUUGGUAAUUUUGUUUUAAUGCGUUAUCAGGCAAUAUGUGCUUCUGGACCUCCUGUUAAAGGAUUUUACCAAUUAUCUAUGGUCUCCGAGGAUAAAGGUGCUUUUUUGUUCAAGUUGUGUUUGAUGGAAGGUUAUAAAGCUCCUCUGUGUAUGGAAUUCUGUACUGUGACUAUGCCUUUCCCUAGAAGAAGGAUUGUAUCUUUCAAUGGAACUCCUUCAAUUGGAACAGUUUCUACCACCGAACAUUCAGUUGAGUGGAAAAUUUUAGCGAGUGGACGAGGGCUGUUGGGAAAAAGCAUGGAGGCAACUUUUCCUGGAACAAUUAGGUUUGCACCAUGGCAGAUCCAAAGAUUGCAUUCUUCAAGUUCUGUCACUGCUAGUGUAGAAGAGGUAGAUAGUGAUGUUGAGGCUGAAAGUGCAAGCAACGUGGUCAAUAUUGAGGAAUUUUUAAUGGAAAAAAUGAGUAAGGAUCUUCCUCCAGUCGAACUAGAGGAGCCAUUUUCCUGGCAGGCGUACAAUUAUGCCAAGGUAUCGUUCAAGAUUUUAGGGGCAUCGUUAUCAGGAAUAUCUGUUGAUCCUAAAUCUGUUAGCAUUUAUCCCGCUGUUAAAGCUCCAGUUGAAUUUUCAACCCAGGUAACUUCAGGGGAUUACAUUUUGUGGAACACCUUGGAUAAGUGCCCAUCUGUUGCCCCAGAAAAAAUAUAGCUGGUAAAUGCCACUUUGUUACACAAUUUUCGUGAUUUUCAGUGGCAACCAGUCUAUUACGAUUUGGUCAUCUCUGCACUUUACGAAGAUCUUCUAUAUUUGCUCUAAUAAGGACUUUGUAUAUUCUUAUUGAAUUAUAUUAUUUGUUCAAGAUUUGUCACACCGGUCAACAAAUGAUUCCCCGCAGCAGAAUUCUGCAGAUAUAUCCUUCUGGUGAGCAGAAUUUUGCGCUUGUCACUUUGUAGUCUUUGUUACAUUAUUCUCUUUUGUACUUUCAACAGUCAAAUCUUAUUUUACAUGCACCGUGAAAUUAGGGGUCCAAA